CUCUAGCUAGCAGCUAGCUGCAAGAUCUGAGAUCUGAGGCGCAGGAAACAAGCGGAGCCGAGCUCUGCAGAUUCAUUGGACGUCUUCAGAGCUUCGAAUUUGUCCAUUGUGGGCUUGUUGUCUGCAGGCUGCUGUUGUUCCUUCUCUUAGCAAGAGGCUGGCUUAAGGGGGUCUGAAAAGAGGCAUGAUCCAUUCUUCUUGAAGGGUCUGAAGACAAAGAUUGAGUGGGGAGGGAGUGAGAGGGAGUCUGAACGGAGAGCUUCAAACCUUAAUUUCAAACAUGACGGUCGGUACACCAGGUGUUGCCACUCAGGUGGUCCCACCCACACCCCCACAGAUUGAGGUACCCCAUGGGCCAAUCAGGGACCAAAAAAUUGCUGAGCUGGAGGCCGAGAUUGAGCAUCUGAGGUCGGCCGUCGCUAAUUCUUCGCAUGAGAUAGAGCGCCGGGACCAGCGCAUCCUCGAGCUCGAGAAUGAGAUCAAGGAGAUCGAAAAGGAGUUGCCGAAACUGCGCCGGCCGAGGGGCCCCCCCGAACCCUGGAAGACUGGCAUUUUUGAUUGCUGCGCCGACACUGAGAUCUGUGUCCUCGGCACCGUGGUUCCAUGCGUUCUCUUUGGCCAGAACGCCAUGACGGUCAUGGACUGGGACGACAAGAUCGUCGGUGCCCCUACAACCAAGGGCUGCUGUGGCGCUGUCCAAACUGUUGGAGAGGGCACCAAAGACGGCUUCCGUUUCUUCACCAACUGCCUCAUCCACUGCGUUCUGGGAGGAGCGAUCCAGAUUAUCACCUGCUUCUUGCUGGGGCCCGCAGCAGCCGCCGUCACGCUCGCGCCGCUGGUUGCGUACGAGUAUCGGACCAAGAUCCGGACCAAGUAUAACCUCAAGGAAACCCCGAUGGACGACUGCCGCACGUCGUGCUUCUGCCACCCGUGCGCGCUGUGCCAGGAGGCGCGCGAGCUGCAGAUCCGCGGCCAUGGCGGGCUGCGCAAGGACCUGGAGAUUCAGGCCCACGCCAACGAGAAAGACAAGGCCGCAUUUGAGGAGCGGGUGCGCGCGGAGGAGCGGGCGAAGAUCAUGAAGGAGAUGGGGGCGGGGGCGCCGGCGCCCCUGAAACCCGAGGGGACGGCACCUCCCAAGAAGAAAUAGAGAGAAGAGAGGGGCGUGGUGGAUAUUCGGGGGGGUUGACGGAAAGAGGGGGAGAGGUGAGGCUAUGGAUCGCACUAGUCAAGGAAACCCUUUUAUUGGGGGUCGAGUUGAAAGACAUUUGCAAAUGAUGGACGAGCUUAAACGAAAACAUCUAUAACGAGUCUGUCGAAGGUGAGGUAGGUUUUGGAGGAUGUAUCGAGGGUCGCAGACGGGGCGGCGGCCUUGAAGAGAAGGUUGCAGCACAGUACGCGAGUUGGAUGUUGAUGACAGGUAGCAUAAAGACGGGUCAGUUAGCCCCUCCACCAUUGGGCGGAAACACGCAAAAGCGAAGGCAGGAUUUAUCUGCUAAGCGCCCAGAUGCCUCUAAUGUAGGACAUGUGGCCUGCUUGUCAAGGUGGCUCGCAAGUCUCGAGUCUUUCGCUUAGGGCUGCUUCGGAAUACAUUACCUUAAGUUUCGGGGAGUGCCAAAGAUGACAUUGUGCUACGAACCCCACCUGGUAGUCUAGUUUGAGAAAUGUACAGUCAUGUUAAGGUGAUAUUGCUAGGAAUCAGACGUCGUCGCGGUGUUUAUUUGCGCCAGGCUAGAGUCAGACAACCAAGUUGCAACAGAAGCCGGCCUUAACUCAUGCAAACAGUCCGUCGGUGACAGUGCUGGAGUUGCCAACGCGUCUGUAAUGAUGUGUCUCGAUCAACGAUCACACAUGGA